UCUUUCCCCAGCUAACCAUUUCUGCUCUCUCUGCUUUGCUACUUCAAUGGAACAAAGAUCCACCGAUGCCCAUCUCGCCACCGCAAAUGCUCCUCCACGGUAUCGCGGCAUUCGGCAGCGAAAAUGGGGGAAAUGGGUGUCUGAAAUCCGGGAGCCUGGGAAGAAAACUCGCAUUUGGCUUGGGAGUUAUGAAGCCCCGGAGAUGGCUGCUGCUGCUUAUGACGUUGCUGCAUUGCACUUCCGGGGACCUGGAGCUCAGCUCAAUUUUCCGGAACAUGCUGAUAGCCUUCCUCGGCCUAAGAGUUCUAGUGCAGAGGAUGUACAAAUGGCGGCACAAGAGGCUUCUUUGCGUUUUAGGAAUAGAAAGCCGAUGAUGAAAUGUUCGGAUGUGGUAGGUGGCUCUGGUGCUGGCGGCGGCGACGGCGGCAGUUUAGGUCCUGUAAGGAUUGGGCUUUCGCCCAGCCAGAUUCAAGCCAUUAAUGAGACACCGUUGGAUUCACCAAAGAUGUGGAUGGAGUUGGCUGGAGCUCUGCCGCUUGAAGAGCCCAUGGCUUUUGGGGAUGAUGAGAUUGAAUUUAGUGAGUUCGAGGAAAUUCAAGAUGCCUCCAUUUGGAAUUACUAAAUUUAAAGUACGUAAAUUCAGGGAAAAAAAAUGGCAUCAUCCAUCUAUUUUACAUGUGAAUGAAUUUCACCGUAUAGAUUUUACAUGUAAAUCUCAUCAUAUAAUAUAUGAGAUUUAGAUAAAAAUUUCCUGUAAAUUUAAUUUUUUUUUAACAAUUUCUUAUAAAAUAUUUUAUCUUUUACGAA